AUGUGGGGACUUAGAAAUGUUGGAGAGAUUGUCAACAUUCAAGAAGUUUAUGAUGGUUACCCCAACAUAUUCUCUAUUGAACUUCAUCACGGAGGGAGUUUCACAAAGUUUCCAAAUAUCAGGUAUAUUAAUGGCCAAGUAAGGUACUUUGAUGUUGUCGACAUUGAUGAAUUUUCUGUUCAUGAACUAGACUUGAUGAUGAGAGAAUUAGGGUAUGAUGGUACUGAAAUCAUGUAUUACCAUUUCCGUUUGCCUAAUGAAGGAUUCGACUUUGGACUCCGAGCAUUAGGUAACGAUGAUGAUGUGCGUAAUCUCUCACGGUAUGUUACCCAUAAUAACAAAAUGAUUAAAGUGUACACAGAGCAUGGUCAAACGAACUUGCUUACAUAUUUUAUGUCCCCAACUGGUCCAAGAAGGGUUAUAAUAGAAGACAUGGAGAAGCAGGAUUCCAUUAGACCCUCAUCACCUGUAGUUGCUCAUGAAGUGGUAACUCCAAUCCAAAUUGAUGUUGGUGAGGGUGAUUUAGGGUUAGCAUUAACCUUAUACAAAUCAGCAACACCUGAAUUUAGUAGGUCUAAAGUUGAUGCAGAAAAAGAGUUAAACAAAGAGAUUGAUGUGAAUGAAGAACUUGAUGUGAACAAAUCCAAUGGUGAGGGUGUAGAAGGAUUUGCAGAUGAGGGGUAUAGAGUUGUCAUGGAUAAUGAUCCUCAAGGAGUCAAUGAAUUUUCAACUAACAUCAACAUAGAUGAUGAGUUAAUGAAAAACUUUCAACCUUUUGAAGGGUUUGAAGACCAAGAUAGCAUCCCAUUUAAUGGGUUUGAAGGCCAAGAUAAUAUUCCUUUCAAUGAUGAGUGGAGACAAGAGGAGCCUGAUGACAUUGAGUUUGAGAAUCAAAACAGUGAAGAUGAAGAUAGCGACUUUAUGAUUGAUGAGGACAACAUAAUUGAAGAUGUUGAUGUUGACAUGGAGGAUUUCAAUCUAAAUAUUGAUACAGAAGCAGAGUUCAAUGGAUGUCAAAGAAAUGAAGAUAGUGAUGAAGAAGAUGAUUUGGAGGUAAUUGAAAAUGACGAGUGGGAUUCACUAAGUGAUGACUCAGGGGACAACAGGAAAAGAAGAGAAAUGAUCAAAGAGCUGGGGAAACAAACCUUAUGUUCUGCUGGUGAGGUGCACAAGGUAGCUUUUCAUAUUGGGCAGAAAUAUAAAGCCAAGAAAGAAUUGAAAGAUAAAAUUGACCUGCAUGCUUUAGAGACAAGGAGGAAUAUCUCAUUCACAAAAAACGACAAGAGUAGAUUAACAGCUGUUUGUGAUGGAACUGUAGUUUUAAAUGCAAGUGGGGUAGGUGGACCUACCUCUGGGAAAAAGGUAAAGGGUAAAGAUGUAAACUCAGAUAAAGUUAAAUGCACAUGGAAACUUCAUGCAUCUAGGUCAAGUGAACAGGACUAUUGGUUUAUUAAGACCUAUAAUCAGAAACACAUCUGCCUCCAAACACGAAAAAUCAGAUCUUGCACAGCAACAUUUCUUUCCAAACGUAUUAUGGAUCAGAUUGAAGCUAAUCCUGGACUGCCUGUUCGUGCCCUACAAGAGCAACUCCAAUCAACUUAUGGAGUUAGUAUUUCAGAAGAGAAAGCAUUUAGGGCAAAAGCAUUAGCCACCAAAAAUGUUGCAGGGGAUUACUGUCUUGCAGAAGAUCUUGACUUGUAUUCAAAUUCCAACUUCACCUUUAUCAGUGAUAGACAGAAGGGUCUUCUACCAGCCAUAGAACAAUUGUUCCCUAAUGCAGAACACAGGAAGUUUUUGACUGUGACAUGUAGUAAGUGUAAGCAAAAGGGUCACAAUGCCAGGACCUGCAAGGCCAAAGAUGGGAAUUGA